AUGGAAACAUUCUUCACACAAGUAACGGACAUUUUACUGAAGAGAUACACACUUUACCGCCCCAGCACCGGUCACAGUGAACUUCACCUGGUUUGUUAUAGUAAUGGUCGUAACUAUUCCCGUGCUGAGUGGUUCUGGUCACCUCAUCACCUUCAACAGUGGAAAUCAAUAGCAUCUGCAGAACGUUCUCAGCCCAUCAUCAUCAAUGUCAAUGGGUCCAACUUCGUGAAUCGACUGGUGACCUCAGGGAAACUCUUCGAUGGCAAGGAUUUCAAUGUGAGGAUUGUCCCCGUUGUGUUUCAAGAUGCCGGAGUUUACACCUGUUAUCUGGAACAAAAUCUAUUUCGCACCAUUGAUCUAAUCACAGUGAAAGUCACAGCUGAACCGUCUGAUGCAGUGACUGAGGGAGACAACGUUACCCUGACCUGCUCUGUGUCUAACGUCAUUGGGUCAAUGAGACUGGUUUGGAUCAAUGGCGAUGGCAAACGUGUUGGAGAAAAGACACUGACUGUGGAAGAGAAAUCACCGAGUCUGGUUAUUCAGAAAGCUGAGAGAGGCAGAGGGAACUGGAAAUGUGUUUUGUUUGAUCAACACCUGCCCCGGCUUUUUGUCCCGUACUAUCAGAAGGACAGUAGAUCAUUAGACAUUUCGUCCUUCACAGACAUUAGGAUCAUCAUAGUUCUGGGCUACUUGGUGAUUAAACUGGCCGUUGCUCUUGGACUAAUUUGCUGCUCGUGGAGGAUGAACAGGAGCUGCAGAAAUCCACGGGAAGUUACAGGAAAUGUCACAAACAAUUCAAACGAAGCUGUGGCAAUGCAGACCCUGAAUUCUGACCCAGAUCUGAGGGAUCAGAAUGAAUGACCCAGCGCAGAAGAGGCCGUUCAGCCCAUCAGGCUCAUGUCCAAGGAAAUCUGUAUUCCUACAAAAAUAUCGAGACCGAACGGAGACUUUGGAAAUAGAUUUGUGGGUUUAUUAUGCAUUUGCUUUGUGCUUGUUUGGUUGUCAUCUCUCCGAACUGUCGUAAGUCUGUCUUGUACACAGACCCCAAAUUAAGGAGACCUCCCCCCUCCUAAUCAAGUCCUGGAGUCUGUCCCAACCCCAUCUCUUUUUUCCAGCUUUCUCCCCCGACUCCAUCAGUCCAAAGAAGGGUCCAGACCCGACACGUCAC